GAAUAUUUUUAUUCAUUUGUCAUGAAUUUUAUUGUCACUAUUCGCGUCACACCACAUAUAAAUACUUCAAGUCGUCCGAUGCUAACCUUCAACUUCUAUAUGCAGUACUCCUACCUGCCGUAGGUAUCUUCGAAGAGCCAGGCACGAAUAAGUGGUUCACCCAACUACGAUGUUCGACCCGUCGGUGUACGGCCGCCCUCAGGCCAACCAGCCUACCCCUCUUGAUCCCAAGGCUCGCGACUUUGCUCCGGCCAGCGGAAACGAUUCCGAGCCCGUGCUCGAUGCGACUUUCUUCACGCACACUAUUCCGGAUAUUCCCCCGGAUGCCCAUGUUGUCGGUCUCUGUACUGUGCCCCGCGAACGAGCAGGCAUGGAUCAACUUGGUUACCAUAUCGCCGAUUUCCUGGCCUUCAAGUACCUUCUUCACGAUGAUGCCCAUCGUGGAUCGCAGGAUUGGUUGGCUCAUUGUGACGUUGUCAGCAUCGUCAACGCCAACCCCAACGUCUACGUUCACGGUAAGGAACGUCGAAUUCUUCUUGACGCCGAAGGCAUUGGUCAUCAAGGAACUUCUUACUCGCACGCGGCCGACCUAAAGGUCCAGACAGAUCGCCAGAAGUUGAUGGCGGAUUUUGUCAUUGCUUGUUCCGUCAAGGCGCAUUUGUCUAAGCAAUCAGGUACUCCUCUGGUUAUUAUAGUCUGUGGCCCGACUACUGUUCAGCAGGAUGUCUUCUUCGGCGAGACCGAUGCAGUCCAUCACUUGAAGAGUGAAUCCAUAUGUCAUGCGAUCGGUGGAGAUGUUGAGACUAUCAUGGUAACACCUGCUAUGUUCUCCGCUGGCUGGCAAGUUAAUCCGUCUUUCAAUAUCUCUCCCGUGGAGGUACGCGCCAACCGCCGUGAAUUCCUCGCAAGGCAAUUCGGUGGCGUUUUUACGAAGGCCCAUAUGGACUACUUCAUUGGUACAACUUGUCCCUUUUUCGUCGGUGAUGGAAUGGAUAUGGAAGAGGUGAAGGAGAAGUUCUCUAAUCCUUUCCUGCUUUCUUAUCAGCAGAGAGAGAUCCUUGCAGACUUCAAGGUGACUCUCCACAAGUACCUUGCUGGCCGAUUGUCUGUUGAUCUCGGCAACCAUUCCUUCAAUUUUGAGACUGAGCUUGAUGAUUGGGAGCAUCUAAUUGGUCCCCGUAAGUACCUUUCACUGCAGGAUUACCGCAAGAAGUGGGAGAAGCUUGGAGUGAGCGCGCAAAUCGUAGAUAACGAGCGCUUUAGCUUCCUUGGAGAUGCCUUUGGUGGCAGUAAGAAGUCGCAGCUUAGCCACCUGAAGCAUCUCAUCAAGGAAUCAUUUGAGUCUUGGCCUGCCUACUGGGAAUUGCCAGCCAGCAAUGACGCCAAAACAACCUUCAAGAAACUUCUCGAUGAACAGGAUGUUCAUGACAACUUUUGUCAUGAGAUAUUCAGCGUUCUUGAGCAUCGCGCUACGCUAGCCAUUCUCGGAGACAUCACUGUUCGUUGCCUGAAUAUUCCAGGGCCAACUGAAGAACGAUGCAGGGACUGGAACGAGAAGGUUGACUUUAGAAGUGUUGCCGCACCAUACAACGAGAUUAUAGACUGGAUCCCCGGCGUUCAUGUACCUCCUGGAGUCAACCCUGAUAGCCAUCGUGCUAUUCAACAAUACUUCGAUUAUCCGGUCUUCUAUCUAGCCCUGGCCGUCGUACGACAACGAACUCGCAUUGGCGGGAGCAUGCAUCCGAUGACAAGACGCAUCCAUGACUUUUUGGAAGGAGUAAAACAUCAUCAGAUUGAAUUACUCUGCAGCAUUCCUGAGGUUGAGAAGAAGUGCGUAGCAUGGCUUAAGGCCAUUGAGAUGCCCAUCCGUCGUCUGGGCGAGGAUUCAGCUGCUGUGAGUCAACUUGAGGCACCAACACAGGCCACGAUCGAAGACAGCGAGACUGUGCUACAUGAUCCACAGCCUCAACCCUCCACGCAGCUGCAAGACAUCUUGGCGGGUUUCAUUUCAGAUGGACAGUCCUCUACCGGCCCAUCUAUUAUGCGAAAGACUGAGGCGGAAAUCGAUGAUUACCUCGCUAAGAACAGUAGUGCGCAGGUUGCGUUAACGGCCUUACUCGAGAAAGAUUCUGACAAAAUGCUGGAGCGUCUUAUCGUGAAAAACAGACGCCUACAUGAGAGAUUGCAGGAAGAUCCUAAUGACGAUUUUUACUUGUCGAUGAAGCCUGAUCUUGACCACAUAACCCAGAAGUUCCUCAUUAAGGUUGAGAAGCGUCGGGAGCGUGCUCAGCCGGUUGCUAGUCAGCAGAUGCCUCAGGCAGUCGGCCAUCAAGGCCCGGCGCACCCGAAUCAAGAGCAGCAGGAAUCGCAGUCUCCUUCAUGGGUACCUCCUCAUCUUCGACAUAAAGUUAGAAAUGUGGCUGAGAUAACCAAGGAGAACAACCCGGGUAUGACACCGCAUCACGGCAGUAGCUCGCACACGGAAUCUAACCGUAAUCAAUCGACGGGCAACCAGCCAUCCGCUUUGGCUCCUCGCGACCCGGAACAGCGUAAGAAGAAGUCUGUGAGAAUUAACGCAUAAACCCUCAUGCGUCGUCACAACAGCCACAAUGACAGAUGGUAGCAUAGCCCGCGAGGUCUCUCAUGUGUUGAGCAUCUGUUUACGAAUGGAACUGAACGUUAUGGCUUGGUGGUAUUUUGGUCAAGCAAUCUGAAGUGUCCUGCUUCUUUGUGCGGGAAACAGGUCUUCUUUUUUUCUGGUUUGGUGUCAGGUGGCGCGACUGCAAAUGAGCAAUGCCUACGUCAACGCCAGUCCUAUAUGAUUACCGGUUGAUCUCCGGGGUUCAAGAAGAGUUGUUGUCUCUAUCCAGAUCAACAAUCGACAUUUUUAUUCCCUGACGUCUUGCUACUGCCCAUAUUCUCAAUACCACGGGCCGAGUCUC